AUGGCUACACUCCUGAAGUUAACCCUCUACCUGGCCGUUCUGGUCUUUGCUGUACUGGCCUCCGCGGCCAGGCGUCCUAGUAACCGCUGCCACCCCCCUCUCAGCAGCACCAGGCUCACCGACGGGCACAACCGAAGCGAUUUCACCUACUGCGGCGACCACGAAGGCAUCAUCUACAUCACAGGGUCUUCGGACCGCGCGGCUUCGGCAGACAUGGACGUUGACUGUGACGGCAUCAAAAGAUCCAAGGGAGCCUGUGCCAAUGACCCAUCAGGACAAGACCAAACAGCCUUUAAACACGAGGUACCUCGCUAUGGCAUCGAAGAUCUAGAUUCCAACAAACACGCAUACGUCGUGCUGGGUACCCAGGGCUCGGAGCCAAGUUACAUGCCCUCCGCCUCGAACGUAGAGUCACUCAGCGUCGUGGCUGUGGUAUGCAAUGGUACAUUGUUCUACGGCGUAUGGGGCGACACCAACGGCGGCACGGAUGUAGGUGAGGCAUCAGUGUCUCUUGCCCAUACAUGUUUUCCCGACGAGCAUUUAUCGGGCGAUAACGGUCAUGAGAAGCGUGAUGUUCUUUACGUUGCGUUUGUGGGGGUGGGUGGAUAUUGCUUUGCUGGUGUGAUGAUAGUGGUUGGGUGUAUUGUUGAAUGGUUCGUUAGGGUAUAUAUAUUGGGAGCAGGGUUCAACAGCUCCUCCCAUUUACUAUUGGCUCAGCGACGUCAGUAG